CACUUCUUGCAAUCACAAUCAGCAAAGCAUCAACAAUCAACAUUAAAAAGAAACAUAAGCUACUGCUGUCUGCAGUCUUCAUGCUUUCCUUUCUGCUUUCUCUCUGAAAUGCAGACUGGAGUUAUUAAAGCACAGAACCGAGCUCUCUCUCUCUCUAAUGGACUCUCUGACAAUAAAACCCACACUUAUUAGUUCUUUCAGCUUCAACCUCUUGAAGCUAAAACCCCAAGCCUACUCCACAACCCUCUCCUUCACCCACUUCAGAAGAUUCACCACCUCUUCAAUCACUUACUGUUAUACAAAUACAACUCCUUCAAAUCCCAAAAACCAAAAUUCCAAGUUUAGUAAUCAAUCUUUCCCCCCAAAUCCCUUCUGGGUAAUCCUGCAAAGUAUCAAAGUCUUAGCCACUUCACAAACCCAGAAAUGGGCGUCGUCUGUGCAAGCUUAUAGUGAUGCAGUUUCAGAUAAAACUGGUGGCGGUUAUUUACAAAGUGGAGGGCUUGGAGUAGCUUUAUUGAGUGUAACUUCGACUGCAAAGGUUCGGAUUAGUCCCUUUGUGGCAACACUAGCUGCGAACCCAACCUUUGUGUCGGGCUUGUUCGCGUGGUUCAUGGCGCAAUCGAUAAAGAUUAUCUUGAAUUUCUUCGUGGAGAGGAAAUGGGAUUUGAGGAUACUGUUUGCUUCGGGCGGAAUGCCUUCUUCGCACUCGGCUUUGUGCACGGCUUUGACUACUUCGGUGGCGCUUUGUCAUGGUAUAGCGGACUCACUGUUUCCAGUUUGUUUGGGAUUCAGUCUGAUUGUUAUGUAUGAUGCAAUCGGUGUGAGGCGCCAUGCUGGGAUGCAAGCUGAGGUGCUUAAUAUGAUUGUUGAGGACUUGUUUCAAGGGCAUCCUAUCAGCCAAAGAAAGUUGAAGGAACUUCUUGGCCACACUCCGUCACAGGUCCUUGCUGGAGCUCUGCUUGGCAUUGUAGUAGCAUGUAUCUGUUCCCAGGCUCCCUUGGUUCCAACCUAAACUGCUUCUGCACUCCAUAGGAAAUUUUGGUCAGAUUGUAUUGUUCACAAUUUACAAAUGUUUGACGCGCCAUGAUUCAUUUGUAUGACCUGCAGGGUUAAUAAUGUUUAAUUGUUCUGUAGUAACUGAUGGACAUUCAAUUUAUGAAAACUCAAAUGUGAAGAUAGAAAUGUAUUCUUCCUGUAGCCAAGAUUGUUUCUCGA